AUGCAUACUUGUUCUCGGGCCAGUGCGAGUACAAACAGCAAACAAAGGAAAGGAACACCAGGAUUAGUUGCAACUGUUGUUAAGGAGUUGUAUCCAGGGCGAUUAGAUACAUCAACUCCUCACACUGUCAUGCUUUUGGUUAAACAAAACGCUUCCGUGAGUGUGUCAUACUCCACCGCAUGGAGAGGAGUACAGCAAGCUAAAUCUCUGGUUCGUGGUUAUCCUGCAGACAGCUAUAGAGAUCUGUACUCGUAUUUGUACAUGCUACAGAAGGUGAAUCCAGGAACAAAACACAAGGUGUUACUGGACGAACAAGGAAGAUUCAAGUACUUAUUUGUCGCUUUGGAAGCUUGCGUUGAGGGGUUUGUAGCUAUGAGAAAAGUGCUAGUCUUAGCUGCUUGUCAGCUAGUCUUAGCUGCUUGUCAGGAUGGUAGUCGUCACUAUUAUCCGAUUGCUUUUGGAGUUAUUGAUUCAGAAAAAAAUGACAGUUGGGAGUGGUAUUUCAGGCUGUUAAAAACGGUUAUACCCGAUAAUCUUGAGUUGGUUAUUGUGUCGGAUAGAAAUUUAGGCCUCAUUAACGCAGUAGCUGAGGUGUACACGGAAGCUAAACAUGGGUAUUGCACCUGGCAUCUUUCACAGAAUGUGAAAAUGCAAGUUCAAGAGCACUGGUAA